AUGGACGCCUUCGCACACCCAUACGCCUACACCUACCCACUUCCGCGCGCCCGCGGGCGUGUACACAAGCCAAAGCCACGCAUCCAUCACUCACCACUUGCCGGUCUGCUCACGCGGUGGAACCACCGCCACGCAGACAAACAGUUCGCCGCCGAAUAUGGCACACCGCCCUCAAGUUCGAGCGAGACCCCACCGAAAUCGGUGCAGACGCCGGGAGAAUGUGCUGGCUCCCUUGUCAGAAAGCACGCGAAGAUGCUCACGUCCAAAUUGCAGCAUUUCCGUGGGCUGCUGCGCUGCGCGCAGAUGGACCUGCGCGAGGCGAGACAGGUUAGCGCAUUGGCGGAGGAUCUCGAACAGACACUCGCCAUGGUCCGGACGAUUAGUCCCUUUGACACAGAGACGGACGCCCCGGUCCCGUUGCACGAAUGUUUGGAGGAAGCUGUACCCUGGGCGGUAUAUAUCACUGAUACCCGCUUCGCAUCGCCGCCACCACCACAUUAUACCCAAGAAAGUGAUAGCGAGCAAGAAUUACCGUCCUCCGAGACAUUGUCCUCUACAUCAUCUACAUCCCCUAGGUCCUCAGCGGUGUCUUCGUCCUCCGCGUCCUCUGCGCGUUCCAGCCCUGAGUCCCAGCAGCAAAAGAACAACGUCUACACAUACCCGUACGCAGAGUCGCAGUCCGUUCCACCAACCACUUCAUAUACCCAAGCACGCGCGACUCACUCACCGCUCGUGCUCGCCCCUUCGCCGCCGCAGUCACAAGCCCCCGCGCAAAGGCCUCCACAUGACAGGCCGACCGAAGUCUACUGGGAAGACCUGCUAAACCCUACCCCAGCACCCAUGCGCAUGGAGAUCCCGCCGCUCGCCCCAGACGAGUACUUCAUCGAGCCCGAGGGGUCCAACCUCCUCGCUUGCUUACGUCCAAGUGCCACCCUGGAGCCGCCAGCAACUUCGUCGUCCCGAUGGGUAUACUAUCCGGACGGCAAACCUGACGGCAGCAUCCAGGAAAACAAUAGGACGGUACGCAAGCACAGGGCGUCCCCUCGCGCUAGGGGGUCUGCGGGUGCAAAUCGACGGACUCGUCACAAGACCAGGGAUGCAAACUCCUCCGACUCGGACGCGGCCUACCGCGGCGAUACAGAGGAGGGUCGCGAAGGGCAGCACGGGCCCGUGAGAGGCCUGUCCAAGGAUCGGUGUACAUCGCGGGCGCAUAACCGCUCACGGCAGCCAAGAGAACGUGCCUACUCACCGUAUCCGUCCACAUCGCCGCGUAAGACGAGCCGAUAG